ACUUUUUAAGGAGCAUCCUGGAAAAGCAGAAUGGCAUAGAAUAUUAUUUGCAAAAAGUCGAGGGCAGACUUACUGUAAUAGAGCAGACACUCGCAAACAACGUUGUCCAACGCAGCGAUAUGAUGGCCCAGAACCAGCUUAUUAGGGAGUGCAAGGUGAUGCUCAGGAAGGUACAGCAGUCCGUUAGCCAAAUUACCGGAGAAAUCGAGGACAAACAUUUGGAAGAAAUUUCCGCUAAACUUCACAAUGGCGAUAUUGGCAUCUCCUCAGAAGUGGAACAAAGUCUAACAAACCCCGAAUUCAAGCAAGCAAUGAUAACAUAUAUGUAUAAGGUCAAAGGGGCUUCCGGAAGUGUCAACGACGUCAUCCGCAAUCUGUUUGAAAGUGGUGGACGAACUUUUAUUUGGUACAAACAAAAAUCUAAAAACUUUUUUAUCUGGCGAGCUCACCUUAUUUUUAAUUCUUUUUAAGUGCGAGGGCCGAAUGAAUUUUGAGAAAAACGUUAAGAAGUCAAUUGAUUUGGCCCAUAAUCGGCAUAAACAAA